AUGACCAACGAGUUAAACAAUCCCAUGAUUCAUACUAACGAAGGAGAGGCAAUGGACGAAGGGAAUGAGAUUCUGGGGGAUUUCUUGACUCUUCAAAAUGAGUUGGCACACAAGUUCUGCACAAAGUUCUUCUCCCCAGCCAAGAUAGCAAAGCUGAGACAUGAUAUAUCAGUAUUCAAUCAAGGAGAGACUGAAUCAUUUGAUGAAGCCUGGAACAGAUUCAAAAACAUGCUCCGGAAAUGCCCUCAGCAUGGGUUCGAUAAAAAGAUCCAAAUCCGCUUCUUCUACAUAGGAUUACUUCCAUACCAUAAGAGCAUGGUAGAUUUAGCAUCAGAUGGCUCAAUAUCUACAAGAACAGUUGAUGGGUGGGGACAACGCCAGCAGAAUAAUCAAUAUGGUGAGACUUUCAAUCCCAACUGGAAGAAACAUCCCAACUUCUCGUGGAGCAACCAGAAUCAGAAUAAGCCACAGGAGCAGUUUCAACAACAGGAGAAGAGGCCUCAAUUGGAAGAUAUGAUAGGAAAGUUCAUGGAGAAGAUGCCUAGCUAUGCGAAGUUUCUGAAGGAUAUCAUAUCAAAUAAACGCAAGCUGGAAGAUCAUGAGACAGUCAUGCUUACUGAGGAAUGUAGUGCCAGAAUUCAAAACAAGCUUCCACCAAAACUAAAAGAUCCAGUUGAGAAGUUCAUAUUUCCAGCAGACUUUCUUAUCCUGGACAUGGAAGAGGACAAGGACGUUCCCUUGAUACUUGGCAGACCAUUUCUGGUAACAGGGAGAGCAUUAAUAGAUGUUCAAAGAGCUGUUAUCAAGUUGAUAUUAUUGACAAGGCAGUACAAGAAACAUUUUUACUACACGGUCAAUCUGACGCCUAUGAGGCAUGUAUUGCACAAUCCCAAUCAAUCCAGUCAGAAUCUGUUGAAGUUGAAACAUGUGCAAGAUUUUAGGUCGCCAUACACACGAAAGAGACACUUCGAGGAACUGGGAACGGGAAACACAAAGCCACUACCUUCAGUUCAGCAGCCGCCAAUUUUAGAACUUAAACAACUGCCGCCACAUCUCAGAUAUGCUUAUUUAGGAGAAUCAGAUACACUUCCAGUAAUCAUUUCGAACACAGUCAGUGAAAUGGAGGAGGAAAAAUUGCUCAGGGUACUUAGAGAGAGCAAGACGGCGAUUGGUUGGACAAUAGCUGACAUUAAAGGAAUCAGUCCUUCCAUUUGCAUGCAUAAAAUCUUAAUGGAGGAAAAUUGCAAGCCUAGCAUAGAAAGUCAGAGAAGAUUGAACCCGAACAUGAAGGAAGUAGUCAGGGGAAUCACAGUGGUGAAAAAUGAGAAGAAUGAACUAAUUCCCACUAGAACAGUUACGGGUUGGAGAGUUUGCAUUGACUAUCGCAAACUCAAUGCAGCUACACGAAAGGAUCACUUCCCACUGCCAUUCAUUGAUCAGAUGUUGGAGAGGUGGGCUAGACAUUCACACUACUGCUUUCUUGAUGGAUACUCGGGCUAUAAUCAGAUACCUGUCGCACCAGAGGAUCAGGAGAAGACCACUUUCACUUGCCCCUACGGUACUUUUGCUUAUCGUAGGAUGCCUUUUGGUCUUUGCAACGCUCCAGCCACAUUUCAGAGGUGCAUGAUGGCAAUAUUCUCUGACAUGAUUGAAAGGUUUAUCGAGGUUUUCAUGGACGACUUCUCAGUAUUUGGAUCUUCAUUUGAUGAAUGUCUAAACCACUUGAAUUUGGUCUUACAGAGAUGCAAGGAGACUAACUUAGUUUUAAAUUGGGAAAAAUGCCACUUUAUGGUGCAAGAAGGCAUUGUACUUGGGCAUAGGAUAUCAGCAAAAGGAAUUGAGGUAGACAAGGUAAAAAUUCAAGUGAUUGAGAAAUUACCACCGCCUACAUCAGUUAAAGGAGUUCGUAGUUUUUUGGGGCACGCUGGGUUCUACCGGAGAUUUAUAAAAGAUUUCUCGAAGAUCACUAAACCUUUAUGCAACUUACUAAUGAAAGAUGCAACUUUUGAGUUCAAUGAGGAUUGUCUCAUAGCUGUCAACACUUUAAAGGAAAAGCUUACAACAGCACCAGUGAUUGUAGCUCCAGACUGGGAAUUACCUUUUGAAUUGAUGUGUGAUGAAAGUGAUCACGCUGUAGGUGCAGUAUUGGGACAGCGGAGGAACAAGAUUUUUCAUGUGAUCUACUAUGCAAGCAGAACUCUAAAUGAUGCACAACUAAAUUAUGCAACCACUGAAAAGGAGCUGUUGGCUGUAGUGUUUGCAUUUGACAAAUUCAGGUCAUACCUCGUUGGAUCUAAAAUCAUCAUCUAUACUGAUCAUGCUGCAUUGAAGUAUUUGCUCACAAAGAAGGAUGCAAAGCCGAGAUUAAUUCGCUGGGUGCUGUUAUUGCAAGAAUUUGACAUUGAGAUACGCGAGAAGAAGGACACUGAGAACGUAGUAGCAGAUCACCUAUCCAGACUAGAAUCUGGGGAGACGAAAGAUUUAGUGGAUAUAAAUGAGAUCUUCCCGGAUGAACAGAUGUUGAGAGUGGAUGAAGCACCUUGGUACGCAGAUAUUGUCAAUUACUUGGCCAGUUCCAUUCCACCACCUGACUGCUCCAGUCACCAAAGAAAAAAAUUCUUUGCCGAGUUAAAAUACUAUUUCUGGGAGGAUCCAAUUCUUUAUAGGCGAGGAGCUGAUCAGAUAGUUAGGAGGUGCGUACCUAAAGAAGAAGUACAUGAGAUUCUCGAGUACUGUCACUCAUCUGCAUAUGCAGGACACUUUAGAGCUUCAAAAACAGCUGCAAAGAUUUUACAAUCAGUCGAUUACGUCUCAAAAUGGGUGGAAGCAGUUGCAUUGCCAACAAAUGACUCAAAGACAGUAAUUGGUUUCUUGAAGAACUACAUUUUCACCCGAUAUGGUACACCGCGGGCUAUAAUCAGUGAUGGGGGCAAGCAUUUCUGUAAUCGCCAGUUUGAGCAGCUACUGAAUAAAUAUGGCGAGCGAACCAAGAAGUGGCAUGCUAUGCACAUUCAGAGGCGAGCGUUCGAAGUGGGGCAACAAGUACUACUGUAUAAUUCGAGACUCAAGUUAUUCCCAGGAAAACUACGAUCACGGUGGUCGGGUCCCUACACAGUUACAAAAGUUCUACCAUAUGGGGCUAUACAAGUGAGCAAUGAGAAUAAGGGUACCUUCACUGUCAAUGGGCAAAUGUUGAAACACUAUUGGGGCGGUAACUUCUCUAAACAAAAGUCAACCGUUCAACUCGAGACGCCAGAAUGA